AUGUUUCCCAAAUCCAACCGGGCCUCUGCCCCUGGCUUCAAGGUUUGCUUCAAUGACAAUAGUGACGCACGGCGCCGCAUAUUCCACAUCGAUAUCAAGGAUGUGAGAAAAUGGCGAGAUGCGUUCAAGCCAAAGACGCUUGAUACUAAAGCAGACCGAAGGCGUCAAGACAUCCACGCAUCCAUGAGUCAACGGGCCAUCACCAACAGUUCCUUCGUUACUUGCAACCAAGAGAAUGUUCCCACUCCAAAACGCGAGCCAGAAUCCAUAGACAGUGGAUCACCAUAUGACUCCUCAAUUUUUACAAGGGAGAAAAUAGAUCUUCUCGGAGACACGAAAUACAGUGGGACAGUUGAUGCCGAACGGACCAAGACCGAAAGGAUUCUCCAAGGUACGUUGACUCCAGAUCCUGACCGGGACUAUGAAGGCGAAUUUACCCUCUUGUUUCUAUCAUUCGUCGAGGCUCAACGCGAACGACAGCCAGAUAUUGUUGAUGAUGGUUCGAAAGGGUGGAAAUUUCUGCAUGACAUAAUCACCGUAGGGCAGAGCGGUGAGCCCAGUGAACUUCCUGCCUACCACCCAGCCAACGAGCAUUUCUCCUUCCACGCGGAACUCCUGAAGCUCAUUUGGCAGAUGGAGAUGACCGGAUGGAACGACAUGAUCUAUGUCACCCAGAAGGAAGAGGAGGUCCCUUACCGUAUCGAAAGUAAGAAAAAAGCCGAAGUGUUGGAAUGGGGACGCUUUGAAGAUGAUCAUGAGCGUCCACGGAUCCCAGGUAAAGAAGCUCUGAGAGGCAAGAAACUUAGGAGCCUUAUCCUGAACAAUGAAGCGGUUUCGGUAGGUUGA